AUGCCCUCAGCAGCACAGAGGUUGGCGGAGAAGUCGACCAUGGGAGGACGGGAGAGGGUUGCCUUGGAGAUGCUUGCGGCCCUACUACCACCUACUCUGGCACAUGAGCUAUACAAGACGAUAUCCAUAUGGUUGGCAGGAGGUUUCGAGGUCUCUACUGUAUCCACCUUUUUGGGGCGUAUCCUCAGCCACCUCAAAAGCUGUACUACGGUACCCUCGAUCGAUGAAGAGGAGGGAGGGAACAGUCCGUCCGGUGCGGAAGCACAACAGAAGUAUGAUGCGAUUUUCGAUAUAUAUACGGAACAAGAACGAACAGUACUGUUGAAUCGACUACGGGAGCUGGACCAUGCUGUUGUUGAAGUCUGCAAUAGGCAUCUCGUAGAUCUUAUCAAUGGGGCUCUACUGAAACGAGAGGCAGCCAAGCAACGGGAGGUUAUGAAGGAGGCCCCUAAGGCGGAGGGUUGUCGGAGCUAUCUGAAUCAUCUGUCCUUCCCUGGAGAGAGUGCGGAGGCGGCGGUGUGUCGAGAACGGCUGCUUAGGACUCCCCCAGGCAUCAUCAACAACACGUGGAUGGGGGUGUCACUUGGCACUGAGGAGGCUCAGGACUUCAAGUACUUCCGUCGGAACCACAGCGAAGAGGCUCUCUUCAACAAUGAGGACCACAAGUACGCCACCACCUUCACCGUCAAAUGCGUCUCCCUAACGGUCCGUCGGCUGGAGGAGCUCCAGAAGAAGCUCGAGGAAAUGGCUGAGGGGGAGAGGGAGGCCUACGAGCUGAAGAUGCCACAUGACAUCACCAGUCAGCAUCUCGAGCAGAUCAUUAACAGUUAUACUUCUACGGCGAUUGGGCAAAAGAUGGCGGACGAACUCCUCCUACAUCCUAUGAAGACUCUCCCUUUACUGGUAACACGUCUGAAGGAGACUGAGGCCUCGUUGACAUCACCAACGAGUGGCCUCGUGGCCGCCGCCUCUAAGGCGUGGUUGAAGGUGGACAAGAGGAGCUACCUCCCGGGCCUCGAUCACAGGAGCUAUUAUUUCCGAGGACACUGCUCGAAGAACUCCACCAGCCGAGCCUUCCUUACAGAUCUACGACAGAGUGAUAGCCCUCUGGGUAUCGUAGAGGAGGAGAGGGAGCCUGAAUGGUUGUCGAAGAGCGACAGUGGUCGCUACCCCAUCGCUAUUAUCGGUAACGCUGCUACCUUCCAGAGCCUCCUACAGGAUGGGGUCGCCAAUGGGGCGGAACCUACAGCACAGGGGCCUCCUGUCCUGUUGUGCAUGCCUAACGCUGAGAUUCAUGAAUUGGCAUUGAAAUUGGUGAAAGGUAAGGUUGAAGGGAGAUGGGCCGAGGAGCCCGUUGAUGGUAUAUCGAUUGAUGUGGCCCUGCAUACUCUCGAAAAGAUUCUACAACCUUUCCUACCAGCCUCCGCUGAGCUCAAGAGUUCUCGUCCGAGUAAUGGGACUAAGAUCUUCGAUGAUGUUACUACAUUGAAGGGACAAGAACAGUCAAAUAGCCGACCGGUGUUCCUCACACAGACUCAAUACUCCCUUUUACGCUACUAUCACAUCAUCUACUCGAGACUCGCUCGAGCUGCCUCCGACAUAGCACGUCUAAAGAAGCAGUUGGAGCACAAGCAGCAACAGCAAGGUCAAGAGGAGUCCAUCACGUCCGAGUCGCCACAAUCAUUACCCGGAGCCGGAGGAGAUAACAGUACGCUGUCUACCGAUGGCAAUAACGUGGUCACCACGGUGCCUGGCUCACAGGGGGUGGACUCACUUGUCAACAGCAUUGUGGAGACCUUCUUAUCGUCAUCGGACCCCACGGGAAUGGGUGGUUUCAACAACAUAGUAAGAGAGCACUUAGGCUUCAAUAGAGGAUAUUACCUCUACACCAUGCCUAAGGUUUUGGCGAGAAUGUCAGAAGCCCUUCAGUUGGUAUGUCUUGGUCGAGCAGAUGUGGUGAGUAAACGGAAGACUUCUGAUUCUGGGUCACGAGUACCGAGGAGGGACUCAGCUACCCAACGGUUAUUUGCACUGAACGAGUCCAUACAGUCGGUGGAGUUGAACUCUGAAACAGCUAAAGAGCUGUCCAUCCUUGGCCUUGAAUGUUAUCGCCACUACAACUACUACGAUGCUGGCCCAGACCCUGAGGGCCUCGGUGGGUCUAUCAUAGCCGCCAGCGUUCAUGACGAUGGCUGGUUCUCUUGCUGUGAGCUGAAGGCAUGA